AUGCAAGAGCCCAUUAUGUACUUGACAGCCUACGCAGCGUGCACUCAAUUGGAUGUGACAACAGGGGCAGACGGCAUGCCGGAAUACCUGUGUAAUAGUUGCAGUCGUGACCUGCAGGACGCUUAUGAGUUUCGUAAUAAAGCUAUACGAAGUUUUGAAAAGCUACUCAGUCAAAUUGCUCUACAAAAACAAGAGAAUGUAGCGAGAGCAGUAUCACCAUCCGAAUUCGAGUUGCCCGAUAAUCAUACAGCAGCGGCGUAUAUGCGUGCAGAUGCUGACAUAAUUGACGCAUGCAGUAUGGAAGUGGCGAAGCGUACAAAAGACCCGCUUGAAGAUUCUGAGAGUGAAAAUGAAUCAGAGAACAAACUCAAUGCGCCAGCAUCCAUUCACACGUUUUCGGAUAACGCUUAUGACACCGAGGAUGACAAACCACUUAAACAAUUGAUAAUUAAAAAGGAAUGUAACAUAUUCAACACUGACAAUGUGGAUGAAAAUAACAUAGUUUUUACGAAAACUGCCUCUGCGCCUCUGGGUAAUCAGCCAUUGUACGAUGAUGAUGAUGAGCUGAUAGGAGAUGAAAACAUUGACACUGAAAGAAUCACGGAUUCUAUGUUUUCACCAGAAGCGCACAUUUUUCCUAAAGGACGCUUCAAAUGCACGAUUUGUGAUCAAAAUUAUUUUACUUCGAUCGGACUAAAAGCCCAUAUGGAAGUGCAUCUUGCAAAGAGUGUUACAACAAAAAAGAAACGUACACGUAACAAAAAACGCAAGACUUCAAUAAAACCCGACUCAGAGGUUGAAGUUUCAACUGUAGACGCUAGCUGUGAUAAUUCGAACCCAUGCCAAUCCAUCAAUAGCAAAAGGUUAGAAAAACAAACGGAGCCUCAUAAAGACCAAAAUUAUAAAAGAAAGCGUAAACCGAAGGAGCCAAAACCUAAGC